AAAAAACAUCCAUUCGUUAAUUCUCUGAUUUUCUCUCUUCAUCAUCAUCAGAUAUUUUUGUAAUGGAUAAUUUCAAGCCUGAUCUUGCAAAUUCAUGCCCUCUAACCCCAUUAACAUUUCUGGAAAGAGCAGCCAUUGUUUAUGGGGAAUGCACUUCAAUCAUUUUCGACAACAAUGUUUCUUACACUUGGUCCCAAACCUAUACUCGAUGCCUUAACCUCGCAUCCUCCAUUUCCUCCCUCGGUAUCAAAAGGGGCGACGUCGUCUCCGCAAUCGCUCCAAACAUUCCGGCCAUGUACGAGCUCCAGUUCGCCGUCCCAAUGUCCGGGGCGGUCUUGAACAACAUCAACACGCGCCUAGACGCCAGAACCAUCUCCGUGAUCCUCCAGCACAGCGAGUCAAAGCUCGUGUUCGUUGACUUUUAUCUCAAGUCAUUGGUCUUGGAAGCCAUUUCCGGUUUGCCUAAAGGCUUGAGUACUACUCCGAUGCUUAUCUUGAUAUCGCCCGAAUCCGAUGAUGCAGCUGAUAGAAACUCAGGUUCCUCCGGGCCUAUCGGCGGCUUUGAUGAUACUUAUGAGGGUUUGGUGAACAAAGGAAGAAAUGCUUCCAUUGACUUUCAGUGGGUCAGACCAAACAAUGAAUGGGACCCAAUGACUUUGAAUUAUACUUCCGGAACAACUUCAUCCCCUAAAGGGGUGGUUCAUUCGCAUAGAUCCCUUUAUAUUAUUGCCUUUGAUUCAUUGACGAAUUGGUCGGUUCCAAAGCAGCCGGUUUAUCUAUGGACGGUUCCGAUGUUUCACACAAACGGUUGGAGCUACAGUUGGGGGAUGGCGGCGGUCGGAGGGACCAACAUUUGCUUAAGGAGAUUCGAUGCCGAAGUCAUUUUUAAGCUCAUCGGUUUACACAAUGUCACCCACAUGUGUGGCGCUCCGAUCGUGCUAAACAUGUUAGCCAAUUCUCCCCUCGCAAAGCCGUUGAAAUACCCGGUCCAUUUCAUGACCUCCGGCGCUCCGCCGCCGGCGACGGUGAUUCUCCGGACGGAGUCAUUGGGUUUUGUUGUCAGUCAUGGAUAUGGGCUGACGGAGGUUGCCGGUGUGGUGGUUUCUUGUGCAUGGAAGCCGGAAUGGAAUUCACUUCCGGCGAGUGAUCAGGCUAAGUUGAAAGCAAGGCAAGGUGUGAGGACCUUAGGGUUGAUGGAAGUCAACGUGGUUGAACCGGAAACGGGUCUUGGAGUGAAGAGAGACGGGUCGACGAUGGGUGAAAUCGUACUAAAAGGUGGAUCCGUGAUGUUGGGUUACCUUAAAAAUCCCAAGGCAACGUCGAAAUGUAUGAUAAACGGUUGGUUCUACACUGGAGAUGUCGGCGUAAUGCACCCGGACGGUUACUUGGAAAUUAAGGACCGGUCUAAGGAUAUUAUAAUUAGUGGCGGGGAGAAUGUGAGUAGCAUGGAAGUGGAGUCGGUGUUGUACAUGAAUCCGGCGGUUAAUGAGGCGGCGGUGGUGGCCCGGCCGGAUGAUUAUUGGGGUGAAACACCGUGUGCGUUUGUGAGCUUGAAGGAAAAAGGGUUGACGGGGAGGCCGACGGAGAGGGAUAUUAUUGAGUUUUGUAGGGCCAGGUUGCCGCAUUAUACGGUCCCUAAGACCGUGGUUUUCAUGGAGGAGCUCCCUAAGACCACCACCGGAAAAAUUGAGAAGUUGAGUCUCAGGAACAUUGCUAGCAAAUUGGGUUUCAAAGACGGAUGUAGUUAAAAUAAGAAAAUUUGGUUAUCACCAUUACAUUCACGUAUGCAUGGUUACAUGCAGUAAGUGAAGUUAAUUUGAGAUAGUUGUUGGUGAAACUCUUGUCUCACUAAUGAUACAAACUUUAAAUAUUCAUCUUCAUGUAUAAAUUUCUUAAGUUACUCCUCCCUAUGUGACUUUAUAGUUGUUAUAUAUUAACCUUUAAUUUUCAG